GUUGCUUUGCAUGUGUCAUGGAACUGGCUUUUUCAAAUACUGGUCUGCCAUCGUGAAAGUAACCAUUCUGUCAUUUGCAGGUUACGCAGUGUGAAAAUGGAACAGAGAAAGCUCAAUGAUCAGGCCAACACUUUGGUGGAUUUAGCAAAGACUCAGAAUGUGAUGUAUGACCUCAUGUCUGAACUGCAAGAACGAAAUGAUGAUCUUGAGAAGAGGAUCAUGACCCUGGAGACCAAGAUUGACUCCCUGAAUGGUUCUCUCCAUGCUCUACCAGGGCUUAUAGCUCAGGCUCUGCUCCGAGAGCAGGGAGAACUCUUCCUCCUGCGGUCCCACAGGCCUUUUCCCCCUUCCAACAGCUCGGACAAUUCAUGGAGCCCUCCACGGAGACGUACCUCUCCUUCCACUGCCCCUCACACUUCUUCAGACAGCGGCUGA